AUGGGAGCCAUAGAAUCAAAAGUUGAUGUGGACAAGAUCCAUAAGGAGGUGACCUCGAGUCCUGUCAUGAUAUACACCAAGGAUGGUUGCAGUUUUUGUACCAGAGCUAAGAGUUUGCUCAACGAGGAGAAAAUUGAGUACACCGAAUGUAAUAUAGAUCGACUGAAAGAAACGGAUCCGAAACAGUAUAAACCUCGAGUCAAUGGUCUAGUUUAUAUGACGAGGCAAACGACAAUGCCACAGGUUGGUUAUGUCCUACUAAUUAUGUUUCAGAGUUAA